AUGGCUUCGUCUCCCACCGGCUACGCGCCAUGGCUUCGUCUCCCACCCGAUACGCGCCAUGGCUUCGUCUCCCACCGGCUACGCGCCAUGGCUUCGUCUCCCACCCGAUACGCGCCAUGGCUUCAUCUCCCACCCGAUACGCGCCAUGGCUUCGUCUCCCACCCGAUACGCGCCAUGGCUUCGGGGCAAAUCCCCCGGCUUGUGGGGGUGGAGAAGCGUCGAUCGCUUUGCAAGGGGCUUUGGGUCCUGCCAGCAGGAGGCGCCGGUUGGGGGGGGCGUAGACGGGGGCUUCCUGAGCCUAAUCGCCGUCCAUCUCUCUUUCUCUGCAGGGAAGACGUCACCUACGAGGAGGAGGAGGAGGAAGAGGAGGAAGUGGUAGAGGAGGAGGAAGAGGCAGCUGAGGAGGGGCCCCAAGAACCGGAGCCCCCCAAGCCGGCUCCUCCGGCCCGACCGCCAGCCAACGUCCCACCCCUCCGACGCAAAUCUUCCGCCAACUACCGGGCCUACGCGACGGAGCCGCACAUGAAGAAAAAAUCCAAGAUUACGGCAUCUCGGAAAUUACAGCUCAAGACGCUGAUGCUGCAGAUCGCGAAGCAGGAGCUGGAGCAGGAGGAGGAGGAGCGGGGCCGGGAGAAGCAGCGGUACCUGGCUGAGCACUGCACCCCACUCGCCCUGGCCAGCCUGCCCCUGGCCGAGCUGCAGGAGCUGUGCCGGGAGCUGCACGCCCGCGUGGACCGUGUGGACGAGGAGCGCUACGACAUGCAGGUUCGGGUCAGCAAGAACAUCAAUGAGAUCGAGGAUCUGAACCAGAAGAUCUUCGACCUGCGGGGCAAGUUCAAGCGCCCGGCGCUGCGGCGGGUCCGGCUCUCGGCCGACGCCAUGAUGCAGGCGCUGCUGGGCUCCAAGCACAAGGUCUCCAUGGACCUGCGUGCCAACCUCAAGCAGGUCAAGAAGGACGAUGCGGAGAAGGAGAACCGGGAAGUGGGCGACUGGCGCAAGAACAUCGAUGCCCUGAGUGGCAUGGAGGGGAGGAAGAAGAAAUUCGAGACCUCGGGGGCUGGGCAGACCUGAGCAGGAGCAGAGAAUUGCCGAUGUGUGGGGGGGAAACAAGAGGAUGGACCCCAGAGAACUGCCCCUCCCAGAGCCCCACCCCUGAUUCUACCACUGCCCAUUCCUUUCCCCCAAGGACUCCCCUGGCCACAGCACCCCGCAGUGUCACCCCUCGGCUUUCAAUCCUCCC